CGCAUUUGACAUUUACCCUAAUAUGUUUUCUAUAAAUAGACUUGAUUCUCUCUACGUACUUGCCAUCCCACCCCAUUCUUAACACUACACUCAUCACUAUAUAUUCACCAACGGUAAAGAAUAUGAUCAACAAAGCCACUCCAUUGCUCUUUUUGCUGCUUGCUGUAAUAAUAUUAAGCACUUUAACUCACGUUCAGAGCGAUCAUGUGUUGCCAGAGACGGCGGUUUUCGACACCGGAGGGUUGAGCAGAGACAGCUUUCCAAAGGGAUUUGUGUUUGGAACAUCAACUUCUGCUUAUCAAGUAGAAGGUGCAGCCAGUAAAGAUGGCCGUGGACCUAGUGUUUGGGACACUUUCAUUAAAAUACCUGGACGUGAGCCCAAUAAUGCCAGUGGAGAGGUCUCUGCGGACCAGUACCACCGUUAUAAAGUAAGUUUACAUGUAUUCUGCCAAGGGUCAAUUUCUACGUUAAUUAGUGUAUUUACUAUUCUUUGUGAUAAUUAUGAGUCCGGGAGUUAAUAUAAAUAUACAUAUUCUACAAAAAAAUAUAUGUUGUUUCUAUACAUGUAAUUCAAGGAAAAUAUAAUAGGCAUAUUUGCACCCAUAGUCAGAUUCCCUUUGUACCGCUGUAUUCUUUUGUCUAAAUUCUUAAACUUUCC